AUGUCGCUUGCAGUGAGUAGGGUGGAAGCUUGAGAUGAUGAUGGAGUCCGCGCUGAUGUACCUACUCUUCAUCAUCUCAGUCCACCAUAACCACGUUCCUGAUCGACGUCUCCCCUUCUAUGGGUGCACUUCGAAUAGUCGCAGAGGAUGUCGAAGACGCCAAUGAUCAGGAGGAGGCGACUCGAUUGGACGAAGGAGAUAGGGUCAGAGCGGAAGAUGGAAUGGAUGGAGAGCUGAACGAUGCGGAUGGUUCCAAGAGGACUUUGGGUGAAUGGAAAGUCAGAGAGAGAGAGACGAGCAAUUUGCAGUGGGCUUGCGAGUUUGUGGGAAGACGCGUACAGACUUAUGUGAGUUCUGGACUAAAUUUGCGCCAUGGUGCCGCAGGAGAGCAUGCUCAAGCGCAAUGAUCUGGUUGUUAGGUACAUGCGGGGCUCAAGACAGGCAAGGUUUGCCUCAUUACGUAUGGCUCAGCGAGUGAGUAGAUGCCACAUUCGGAGUUCGUAAAGCUGACACUUCAAAGCCGAUGCUUGCCACUUCUCUGGUGCAUAGCCACGAAUAACGCGGUAGCAGGUGAUGGUACAACGAAACAAGAGUACCUGGGCAUCAAUGAGAUGUUCUCGCCUGCACAGCCCGAUCUCAAUACUUGCGAGCUGGUGCGAGCGCUCAGAGCAUCCAAAGACUCCGAAGAACCGCACAGGGCAGAUCGUGAGUCGCUUCGCAGUACUGCGUGGUGAACUGUAGCUUACAGAGCUGAUGUAUUGGUGCCCUGCUGGCGCAUCACACAGCUCUGGAUGCGCUCAUCGCGGCGAUCUGCACGCUCACCGAUAAAGAUAGAGGCGGCAUCAACAGCUCCUCCAAGAAUACCUGGACUCGCACAAUAUACCUCAUCACCGAUGCGAUGACCAAAUUCAAUCAAGACGAUUCUGCUCUGAUACAGCAGCGCCUAGAAGAGGAGAACAUUCAGCUUAAAGUCAUGUGAGAGAGAGGCGCUUUGCCUUGCUGCAAGCUGCACGCACUUGGCUGAUGCUCAUCUACGCCCACCAGUGGUAUCGAUUUUGAUGACGAGGAGUUUGGAUAUGUGGAAGAAGACAAGCCUUUGACCAAAGUGAGUGGGCUGUAUGCGCUCUGGUGUCGCGCGUACCAUUGACAAUUUGAUACCACGUCCCGCUCAGGCCAAGAACGAGCAAUUCUGGCACGACUUUUUGUCCCGCGUUCCAGGAUCGGGCAUCGCUACAGCAGCAGAUGUGAUCGAGCAGACACACAUGCCCCAAUUGGCGCCGAAAAAGUCGGCCGCUCAGAAUGCCACGCUAACAUUUGGAGACCCAGAGGAGCAGCAUCUUUCCCACGAAGUGCUGGGUAUAGCGGUAGUGCUUUACAAAGCGACGACGUUGGUUCGACCUAUGAGCGCAAAGAAGCUGAGCAAGAUUGCACAGCAGAGUGCGGCUGGGAAAGCCGAAAUGGAACGCGCUGCUCAGAUGAAGAUUGAGCCUUCUAGCGCUCCCAAGUUGCAGCCCAAUCAGGAGCUAGAGGGUUCAAAUCCCGCUUUCAUUGACGGCGAAGCUCAUGCCAUGUCCUAUGGAGUGGACAUGGUUCGCAAGUACUUCAUCUUGGACGAGAUUAGGCAACUGCCCAAGGAGGAGAUGGAUUCUGCUCAACCUUUGCCUGAGGGAUCCGAAGAGAAUUUUAUCAAGGCUUGGAAAUUGGGCAAAAGCCAUAUUCCUGUCGAACAAGUGCAAGACGUGGUGUUCGCUACGCAGGCUGGACUCGAGAUCAUUCAGUUUCACAACAGAGAGCAGGUGAGGCUGACCUCAGACGGUCGCAUCUCGGAGCGUUUAUGCAGCUUCCCCUAAAUGUGAAGCAAUCUUCGUCACGCACAGCUACGAAGAUGGUUCGUCAUGGGAGAGACGAGCUACGUGCUGGCUUCACCUGGCAACGGCGAAGCUCAGCUGAAAGUUUCGGCCCUCGUCAAAGCUAUGAUUGAGCUGGGAAAAAUUGCUCUGGUCAGGAACGUCAAGAAACGUGACGCUGACCCAAAGGUGAGUUUCAAAGACCAUGAGGAACGCGCUUGAUGCUCCCGAGGCUCUUUUUCAUCUUUGCUCUUUCUUCAACUGCAUGCUCUCGUCAGCUCGCGGCGCUGAUACCGAUUCCCAAAGAUCCAGAAAGUGGCUCUGAGGCUGAUCACUUUGUGUACGCCGAGGUGAGCCGGUAUAGCUACGCGGCGGCCUGAAAUUGCAGCUCACACAACCGUGCAUUUGCUCGCAAGAUGCCAUUCGCGAACGACUUCAAGCGGCUAGUCUUCCCGCCUUUGGAAUAUGUUGUGGAUCGCAAUGGCGUCGAGCAUCGAGAGCAUCAUCUGCUGCCGACGCGAGAGAUGCAGAGCGCAAUGGACGAUCUGGUCGACUCUAUGGAUCUGAUGGAAGCUUACGAAGAGCCAGAUGGGUGAGUCUUCGCCGGGCGAUCGUGAAACGCUCGGAGGCGCAGUGCCAAGUGACGACCUCUGGCUUGGCACAUGUACAGAUCACGCUCCGAGUGGUUCUCGACUGAAGAUAGCUUCAAUCCGGCUAUACACCGUAUCAAAGAGGCCGUCGAAUGGCGCGUCUUUCAUCCCGAGGACAAGGAGCUCCCAAAAGCCCACUUUGAGCUCGAUAAGUUCCUCAAGAGACCAGAAACGGUGUGGAACAAGUCUUCGACUUUAGCAGCGCAAUUGAAGGAUCUGUUCGAGCUGGUAAGUUGAGACGCGUGCCUUUUUCGCUUUGCAUGCUGCAGCUCUAGCCUCACUCUCGUGCCUCUUUGGCUUCGUCGGGAUACAGGACUACUGUGGGUGGCCUGGCCAGCGGAGCUUCGAAUGCGUAGCUGAUAUGCGACUCUUGCCAUCCAUGUUGCAGCUCCCGACGCGAACAUUCAGCGACAAGAAAUGUUCAGAGAGCAAAAGCGCAAGCGGGAAGAGGAGGCGGCGGCCAAUGCCAAGAAACAAGCCAGCAAUGGAGCCGAGGGCAAAGUUGAGAAGAAGAAGGGCGAUGGGGAUGAUGAGGAGGGCGACAAGACUCUGAUCUUGGAUGAGAAUGAUGAUAGCGCCACGGACGAGGAGGAAGCUCAAAGCGCGCGCCCUUCGAAAGCGACCCGAGCUGGGUCUGCGGAUCGCCCGACCAAGACUGGUGCUGGGCCACACAGAGCGCAAGGAGAUGUCAGCAUCGGCACGAACGAUCCGGUGGCUGAUUUCAGACGAGCGUUGCAAGAUGCUAGGGAUCCGGCCGUGGUGAUUCGGGCUAUGUGUCAGGUCAGUUGUAUCACCCAAGCAGCAGCUAGUGUGGAUCGGCGUACGUCUUGCAACGAGCCUCUCACACCAAACUGCCCUCUUUUCCGCUCAUCGACUUUCAUGACUCUCUCCUCGCGCCAACUUGAUCCCUGCAGCGCAUACGCCAACUGGUCUCGGAGAGCAUGGCGAGCAACUCGUACGGCAAAGCGCGAGAUUCGAUGAAGGUCUGUCGAGCUGAAGCGGCAGUGGAGGACGAAGCGGAAGAGUGGAACGAGUUUGUGCGAAAGUUCAAGAACGAUCUGCAGCAGCCUACGUUUGGAAGGAGAGCAAGAAGGGAUUUUUGGGAUGGCUAUGUGAGGGGAAUGAUGGAGGUCGGAUUGAUCACGAUGCAGGAGGAUGCGGGAGGCAGGAGUCGGGUGGAUAGUAAAGAGGCAAAAGAUGUGAGUUGCGCUUGACUCUGAUGUCGUCGCGCGGCAUUGAGAGAGCGCUCGAGCUUGCUUUUCACGAAUGCGAUUGACACUCCGCCCCUUUUUCUAAUCUGAACAUCGGUGCAGUUCGUAUCUUAG